UAAAAACUAAUUGUGUCCCCUUGUUAGCUUCAAGUUGUCGAUUUAUCUGACUAUAAAUUACAGCCUUCGCCUCAUUCUCUUUCGUAUACAUCUUGUCAUCCAUUCAAAAAUGAAGAAAAUUGGAUGGAUAUUUUUGGUAUCCUUGGCUUUGCAGUUGCUUUCAUCUUCUUCACGAGGUCCAGAUACAUCAAGGUGGCAGAGUAUUGAUUGUGGCAGCGAAAGAAGCUGGGAGGACAGGCUGCUCACAUGGAGAAGUGAUUAUGAUUACUCUCAGACUGGAUGGAACAAACUAGUUGGCACAAAUACAACCAGGGAUGAAUUUAACACCCUUCGGGCUUUCCCCAAUGGAUCAAAAGAUGAUUGUUACAAUGUGCCUAUUGAUGCAGAUAUGGUCAGAUAUAUUAUCCGAGUGGGAUUCUAUUAUGGCAACUAUGAUGGCCUCUCUAAACCUCCAACAUUCGAUCUCUUCAUUAACAACAAAAAAUGGACCACUAUUAACACGUCACUAAAUGAAGGUGAACCGUUUUAUGAAGAGAUCAUAUAUCCUAACAAAGGAUCAGAGUUCUUCAAGAUUUGCCUGGUGCAAAUUCAGGAUGGAGGGAUUCCAUUUAUUAACUCAAUCGAAACUGUGGGAAUAUUUCAUACAUUGUAUUAUGAGAUGGAUACUAAUGCCACAUAUAAUCUUGUCACUAGGAUCAACUUUGGGGGGCCAGAAGUCAGGUAUCACCCACUGACUGAUGAGAGAUUUAACCGGAUAUGGAGCAAGGGAUAUACGACUUACGCCAAUGUUUCUGGUUUACCUACAAUUUAUGCUGCCACAUCCAGCAAUUACCCUCCAGAAUCUGUAAUGGCAGAUGCUAUUGAAUCUAAUGCAUCUGAUCCAAUCACCUUGACCAUUGAUCUUCCACAAUUUACCCCGCAAUCAGCCUUCAUUGUUCUGUAUAUACCACAACUAGUUUACACUAAUAAGCCUAACCAAACCAGAUCAUUAAAGAUUGAAAUUGAUGGUAAGGAUCAAGGGACCGCGGACACUAUAGGUUAUAAUGAAAACACAGUGGUAACCAAGUACCCUGUGACAGUAUCAGGCCCAACUAUUAACAUAACAUUGUCACGUGUUAAUGAGUCGAGUUUGCCACCAAUGAUUGCCGCGAUGGAGGUGUUCACAAAAUUGGAUAUGAAUGUAUCAGCAGCAGCACCAGAAUAUUUUUCCUUUGCAUGUUCAUUGAUACUUCUUUUUAUGCUUUUAUCGGUGGCCUAAGGAGGUCGAGACAGUUGUUUUGAUACAUCUUGUAAUAUGUACCAGAUGUAAGCUCUUUUAUAUAUGAUAUCCAUUUUACCUGCCUUUUAAAUUA